CGGAUUUAGCUUGUUAUGUUCCGAUGGAUUCUUUAUCUUUCGGUUCCACUCUUCUGCCCAGUAGUGGCAUCAUUGUCGACUUGGUGCGAUGCUUUACUGCUCUAUGCAGUCUCUUUACUGUGGUAUACAGUGUCCUUGUUGUAUUCAACCAUAACGCACCAGUGCGUUCCUUUACUGCGAUUGCUAAGAAAACUGUUGUUUGUUGCAUCCCUUUAGUGAAUCUGGUCCGAUUGGACUUUCAUAGUCCUGAUUUCUCCAUUUUGGAGUCUUUUCUCCUCCCAAAUAUUUCACUUGUUUUGAGUGUUACAGGGAGCAUUAUCUUGAAGGUUGUUCUGCUUAGAACAGGCACAAAGAUGUUAAUUGUCUUUCGUUUAGCACUUGAUGUUGUUGACGAUUUAGCAUUAACGCCACCGGAGGCUUGGAUCCCUCCUUUUUGUGGUUUCAUCGAUCAAGACGGUUAAGCAAAAAAAGUUUUCUUUUUGCGCUGCCUUUGUUUAGAAGCUACUUGGGUUGAGCUUAUGAACUCCCCUCUAUCUGUAUGUCUUUCUUUGAAUUGUUAUUGUUGUUUAAAUUUUACUAUUACCUCGACCAAUCUGUGGGUUGUUGGUUUGGUUUGUUUGGCUCCAUGUAGCCUUGUGUAUCCUCUCUUAGUAGAGGCAAAACUCAUUUGAUUUGAAUGCAAACUUAGU